AAUAAAAAUCGUCGAGAAUUCUUAUUACGUUUGAUAGCGAUUUUAAUUUUUAUUGGAGUACUAUUAUGGUUAUCAAUAAAUAAAAUAUUGAUAAUUUCUGGGGCAAUACAAGCCGAACCUUUAGUGUCAAUGUCCAUAGAUAAUUUAACUACAACUGGAUUUCCUAUUUGGAGUGGUUUUAUAUGUUCCCAAAAUCUUACUGGAAUUACAGUAGAAACACUUAAACGAGGAGGAAAUAAAGGGAAUGGUACCGAAACAGAUGACGAAGCUACUCUACUUCCCGAUUCAUAUAUAAGUAGAACCGAUACUAAUGCAUUAACUACGGGAGAUUGGACUUUAAUGACAGGAAUUUGGCCAUGUUUUUAUUUUAAUAAUUCUAAUAAAGAUUAUAAAUUCAUACCAGGAAUUGUUGAUCAACUUAUUAUAGUGGCAUUGGUUGAUGGAAAUCAAUCAAAAGUUGAUAAUGGAUUAUUAUUUGGAGUAUUUGAUGAUAUUAGACCACUUAAUGUGAUAGAACCAUUUAAUGCUGGAAUCCCUUCAAUAAAUACUUAUACUUUUACUUUAACAGAAAGAGUUGAUGUAAAUAAAAAAGAACAUUUGUAUUUUACUGUUAAUAAACAAAAUUAUCAUUCUAUUACUUUUCAAAAUGGUUCUAUUGCUGCAAGGUUUCUUUAUUCACCUGAUACUUAUUUGGCUGUAAAAUACGUAGAAACACCACAAUACACAAUUAAUGAUCUAAUUAGUGCAACUGGUG